CCAUGGGGUGCGCUGAUAGAUAAGUAGAAGACCCCCUGCAAGAAUGCGAUCAUAUUGGAAACAACUGACCAUUGUACCGAGUCCUUGCUCCGCCGUUUAAAGAUGCAGCACCUGGUCUUCACUUUCGCCUUGCUGUCUUUUCUCGCACUGGCCACAGAGGCUGGAGAUUGGUGUUACCAGUCCCAGUUCACCUGUGAUCAUCAGUGUAACACACCAGAUAAAUGGAAUCAUGCCAACAGUGACUGUGCCGGCAGCUACCAGUCUCCCAUCAACGUGGUCACCAGGAAGACUCUAGUAGACGAGCGCCUCACGCCUUUCAAGUUCACCAACUACCAGCAAAUCUUCAAAGGCUACAUUAAGAACAACGGGCACUCAGUCCAGGUUGAAGUUCCUCACCUUAGCACAAUCUCGGAAGGAGGCCUUUCCACCGCCUACAAAGCUGUGCAGUUCCACCUGCACUGGGGCAAGAAUGGAGGGCCAGGCUCAGAGCACACCAUCGAUGGGGAACAGUAUCCCAUGGAGCUGCACAUAGUACACAUGAAGCACCAUUAUACUGACCUGUCCACAGCCCUGGCAGACUCAGAGGGAGUGGCAGUUCUUGGCUUCUUCUAUGAGAAAUCAAACAGUGCAAACCGAAAAUAUGACCCCAUCAUUAAUUCUAUUCAGAAAAUUCAAGCAGCUGGUGGGAACACCUCUUUGCAGGCUGUGUCUCUGGCUCAGCUCAUUCUUCCAGAGCAGAACUUGACCAGUUUCUACAGAUACAAGGGCUCCCUGACCACUCCAGGAUGCACCCAGUCUGUGGUCUGGACUCUGUUUGAGAACCCCAUCCCCCUCAGCAGUGAACAGCUGAGGGCUUUCUCCAACCUGAAGUUUCAUGAUGGCAAAUCAAUGGUGGACAACUUCAGACCACUGCAGCCUCUGAAUGGGAGGCAGGUGUUUCGUUCUGGUGCAACUGUGGCUUUGGCCAGCACAGCUCUCCUCAUGGCUGCUCUGGCCUCAUCUCUGGGAAUGUCCCAACUCAACUAGAGCAGGACCCGCUGCGCUGCAGCAUCUACAGACACUUUGAUCAUCCAUUCAUCAGCUGAACUUUGGUUUGUUACAUAUCGCAUGGUUGCUAUGAUGAAUAACCUCAUUGUAUGAGCAUGAGCAGCGUGUGCUCGCCUAUGACGCACAUGACAAAGGUGUUAAAGUGCGCCUUACGAACAGUGUCAUACCUGGAGUACCUGUGCAUGCUGAGUGACGCAGUAUGAAUGUGCCAUAGAUAGGGACACAGACAGCUGAACUCUAAAGCACACCUAAGCUGUGCUCACAGUACCACCCCAAACACCAGCACCUUCAAUGUCAGGUAAAUAUAGUCCCGCUAAAGUGGCUAAUGCCGCUGCUGUGAGUGCCACAGAUCUGUGACCUACUCAUGAGGCACUGCGUGAUAGUCUCGUGAACAACAUUAGGCUAUUAAUAGUAAACAGCGGUCAAAAGUGUCAGUGAUUUGGUUGUGUUUCAAAGUCCAGGUGUAAAGAGCACAGGGCCACACAAACGACAGGCAGCAGGUCUGUAUGUGGAGCAGUGGGCACAUUUCCACCUCCACACCAGUCUUUAAGUGCACAACCUCUGCAUCCCAGGUGACACUGCACUGACACCUGAGCCCAACCAUGACCAAGCAGAGAUGCUAACAACAGCUUGGGCAGAGCACAAGAAGACAUAAGCACUUUUCAAAUACGCCACUGUCCCUUUUUAGUCUUUAUGCAUCACCAGUCAGCUGUUUUAAUACGCUCAACAAUGCUAAACGUUUGGACCAAUGACCCCUCUUAACCAGAUGGUGUGUGUUCAUGGCUUAUAAUACAGGGUCCCGAAUGCACUGAAUGUUUUUGACUGUGAACCCCACUCCAGUCCUCCCAUGUAUAUUGUGGGGGUUAGUUGUAAGUAUUCUAGUAUUGUGCAAUCUACCAGCAGGAUACAGUAUAUAUUUUCCAUUGUCUCUUGGCAUUGUAAUCUUUAUGCUGUGUAACUGAACACAUGUAUUUAUGAACUGAAUGUGUAUGGAUUUGAGAUGCACAAUGUUAUUUAUGUUUUGUUUAAAUUAUAUUGAAUGCAUAUAUGAAGAAAUGAUCUGACCAAUCACAUUCACUCUUCAAGUACAAGUGCAGAUGAUAGCCAUGUGUGUUUACUUGAAAGUGUCCAAGAAUGUGUCCUAACUGAACAAUAAACAACUUUGCUUUUUUAAAA